GUGCUGAAUCACAACCUGCCACCAGUUUUUUAAAGAAAUCCGUUCUGCGUUAGAUUUGGUCGCUUUUAUUUUGUAUGUUACAAGCUUAUUUUAUUUAAGUGUUUAGUGUUUCUUUCAACGGCUCUAAGUAUGACGGGUGCAACGUUCAAUUUACGACAAGUGUACGCUUUUGCUCGGGAGUAUCAUCGGAAACCAGAAAAUCAAAAAGACAUUCAGUAUGGCACGGCCGGAUUUCGAACGCACGCUGACCGGCUGGACUAUGUGAUGUAUCGAAUGGGUCUGUUGGCAGUGAUUAGAUCGCGUGCUAAAGCAGGUCAGGUGAUUGGUGUUAUGAUAACGGCAUCGCAUAACCCUGAACAGGACAACGGAGUGAAGCUAAUCGAUCCUAUGGGUGAAAUGUUGGAGCAACGAUGGGAAACGCUCGCCACCUCGCUAGUUAAUGUCAGCGAUGCCGAUCUUGAAAGUCAGGUUGCGAAAAUUUGUUUGGACGAAGGCGUAGAUAAUAACGAUCCUGCCAAGGUAUUCGUCGGAAUGGACACCCGCUAUCAUAGUCCACAGCUGGCCAAAGCGGUGCUAAAUGGCAUCGCUGCUAUGAAGGGUAAUGUACGGGAUUUUGGAAUCGUUACGACACCUAUGUUGCACUACUUUGUCAUGUGCUCUAACACGAAUAUGGCGUACGGUUUACCCACUGAGGAAGGCUAUAUGACCAAACUUUUAAAAGCCUUCAAAAACAUCCGAGGAACAUCGUUUAAUAAAGAUAAUUACAUUAAUAAGGUCUAUUAUGAUGGAGCAAAUGGAGUCGGCUCACUAAAAAUGCUAGGUUUUAUCAAAAAAUUUGACGGAUAUCUGGACGUAAAAGUUUUCAAUAGUAAUGGAAAAAUUAACUUCAAUUGUGGUGCAGAUUUUGUCAAGACUAAUCAAAGGGCGCCUGAGGGAUUGCCCGAGACGCUAGAACCGAAUGCGCGUUGUGUUUCCGUUGAUGGAGACGCCGAUCGUAUUGUAUAUUACUUUACAGAUGAAAUGAAUGUGUUCCAUUUGCUUGAUGGAGAUCGAAUAGCUACGCUACUUGCCGGGUAUCUGAAGAAUUUGGUAGAACGAUGCGGAGUUCAAUUGGAAAUGGGAUUAAUCCAAACUGCCUAUGCAAAUGGAGCAUCUACAAACUACAUUGUUAAUGAGUUGAAAGUUCCAGUUGCAUGCGUUUCUACUGGAGUAAAACAUUUGCAUCAUAAAGCGCUGGACUACGAUAUUGGUGUCUAUUUUGAAGCCAACGGUCACGGUACCGUCAUCUACAGUGCUAGUGCUAAGAAUAAAAUUACCGCUGCUAGUCGGGAUGAGUCUUCAACCGUGGAACAACGUCGGACGGCAGGUUUAUUGCUGCAAACGAUUGCUCUUACCAAUGAAACUGUUGGUGAUGCAAUCUCCGAUAUGCUACUUGUAGAAACGGUGCUUCAUUAUAGAGGGUGGAAUUUGCAGGAUUGGCUCGCAACUUACAACGAUCUACCUAAUGUGCUAAUGAAGAUUAAAGUAGAGAAUCGCAAUGUAAUUACCACCACCGAUGCGGAGAGGAUUUGCGUUACUCCCGAAGGGUUACAGCAAGCCAUCGAUGAGAUUGUAGCUAAAUACGAAAACGGUAGAUCGUUUGUGCGUCCUUCCGGUACAGAGGAUGUUGUUCGCGUAUACGCUGAGGCAGGUACCAAAGAGAACACUUUGAAAUUAGCUGCUGAGGUAGCAAAUGUUGUUUAUGACAAGGCUGGUGGCGUUGGACCACGUCCCGAACAACCCAAUAUUUGAAAGAAAACCGAAUAUUUUAUAAUGAACUGACGUGUGCUAAUAAUAACUGCCAUGAAUUUAGACAGGAUGUUCAUGUUUAUUAGCGAUUAGAAAUGAAUUUUAUUCCAUUACUGAGAUUAUGUAUAUGCUCAACAUGCUAGCUUUUAUUGGAUGACUUUCGAAUAGUUACAAAUUGUUGAACGAAAUAUGAUAUAUUUUAUUUACCAUUAGUCGCGUACUAAAAAU